AGUUUUCAAGCAAAUCCGCCGUGUUAUUAUCUCUUUUCCGGCCCCGAACUGUUCGUUCCCUGCCUCACUGGUAGCGGCGCUUGUCAAGCGCCGCCAUUGCAGGACGAGCGAAGCCCUAAAGAUCGACACCGUCACGGCGGCGGAAGGGGGAGGAGCGUCGUGGCGACCCGCUGCUCCCCGUGCCCGUCCGCUCCAACUCUCCAGAAACCCUAGAUGUUCGACAAUUGCGAGGUCACUAUAAUCGUCUCUGGAGCGAUGCAUCGUGCUAAAAAGGCAAAGGUGGAACCAUCAUCUGCGUUGAGGUCAGACAAAUUCAGCAGCCUACCUCAAGAGAUAAAGGUCACCAUCCUCUCCAAGCUGAAUUCCUUAGAUGCUAUUAGAGCCAGCAUCCUAUCCAGUGCUUGGAGGAAUGUGUGGACUACUUUGCCAGAAAUAUAUCUUUGUGAUUUGUAUCUCAGCUGGGGUUCCUCUGAAACGACACAACGCUCCAACUUUAUUACGCUCGUCGAUCUGGCCCUUUUGCUCCACAAUGGACCUCUUGCUUCCUUUUCAAUUCUAGGGUUCAAAAGAUACCAUGAUGUAUUUGAUAGGUGGAUGUACAUGCUGUCAAGGAAAAAACCAAGGUCCAUUACAAUCAAGUUUUACUCUGGGCAUAACUAUAAGAUCCCGUCAAACCUCUUCUCUCUCAGUGAUUUGGAAUAUCUGCAGAUAAAAAGAUGCAUCAUCGGUUUGCCUCAGGAGUUUGAAGGUUUCAAGCGGCUAACUGUCCUGAAUCUGAAAUAUUUCUCCUCAACAGACAGUGACAUAAAUAAUCUGAUCUCCUCAUGCCCCUUGCUGAGUACAUUAUGUUUGAAAUAUUUCGAGGGUAUCACUUGUCUCAGUAUUCAAGCUCCAGCACUGCAGGAUUUAGAGGUUAAAGGGAACUUUCAAGAUUUUCAUCUGCAUGCACCUAAUCUGUCCAAUUUAGAUGUUUCACUUGACAAAACAGAAGCCCAACAAUCUGUUGUAGUUGAAGGCAACAGGAAAAAUUAUCUGAAGCAAGCUAUGGUCAGCCUAACUAGCAUAGUAAGACUUGUUAUGAAAAGAUGCAUCAUUGCCUUGCCUCAGGAGUUUGAAGGUUUCAAGCAGCUAUUUGUCUUGAAUCUGAAAUAUUUCUCCUCAACAGACCAUGAUAUAAAUACUCUGGUCUCCUCAUGCCCUUGGUUGAAUACAUUGCGUUUGAAACAUUUCGAUGGUAUCAGUUGUCUCCGUAUUGAAGGCCAGGUACUGCAGAUUGUAGAGGUUGAAGGGAAAUUUGAGGACUUUCAUCUGAAUGCACCUAAUCUGUCCCAUGUGUAUAUUACACUCGACAAAACAGAAGCCCAACAGUCUGUGGCAGUUGUAGGUGACAUGAAAAACUACAUGAAGCAAGCUUUUGUCAGCCUAACUAGUAUAGAAGAACUUACUAUAAGUGGCUCAUUCUUGACGUAUCUAUCCAAAGGGUGCUUGUCGAUGCAACUCCCAGGUGUGUUUGAUCAUCUGAAGAAGAUUUGUAUUGAGAAGUGCUUUUGGAACUGGACAGAGGUCUUGGGUGCUUGUUCAAUAUUUCAGAAUGCCCCUACUUUCAGAGAACUUGAGAUAUGGAGCUUCCCACGUCCAGAAGCUUAUAGGCGUAAGACAAUAUGGGAUCAAGAUCAGACGGAGAUUGAAGAGCCUACCUUGCAUCACCUCGUGACAGUGGCCAUAAACGAUUUCGUGGGGCUCAACUGCGAGGUUGCUCUUGUUGGACUGCUACUGAGCUGGUCACCUGCUUUAGAGGAUCUGAAGAUAUUCAGGGCCAAGAACGUUAACGAUGAAUACAUGUGCAUUUGCAAGGGUCUUACCAAGUUACUGGCUCUCCCGAGGGCGUCUAGCAAAGCCAAGAUCACUGUCAUCUGAUUCAUGUACAUCCAGGUCAUUCGGCUGCGUUUUUGCUUCAUAUCGACGUUUGCUUGUGGCAGAACUACUGCUGUUAGUCUGUGUCCUUGGAUUUUGGGGGUUAUGCGUUAAAUCUAAAUCUUAGUAGUCUGUUAAUUCGCUCCAUCUUCCCUUUGAACUAGACAUGCUUUGCUCAGAAUGAAUGUUCUUGGUUGGAGAAUUGCCAUGUCUCUUCUGUUCGUUCAACAAACUAGAAGUCGGUCAGCAAGCUCCAUUUACUUCAAAUGUUUGCGACUUGAUAUUUCAAGAUGAAAAAUAUAAUACUAGUGGUUGAUCACUGAA